AUGCUGUCACGAUCCCUUCCUCGCCGUAGAGUCACGGCAGACCUGCAUGGUGUUUGGAGAGCCUUCGGCACUGCCGCCGCCAGGCAGUCCAAAACCCCGUCGAUGGGAGACAUCAAUCCCUCCAGGGCGCAAAUCGACUCGUUCAAUAGGAAGCAGGCACAGUUUCGAGAGAUGCUGGUGGAGGCGCAGAAAGAACAGGGAGCACGUGCGUUAGCUGCCAAUAAUUUCUCUGCGUCCGAGACGUCAGGCCAAGGCUCAUCCGAGACUGAUGCAGGAGUCACUGCCGAGGCGAGCAAGCACGAGACUGAUCGAAAGCCCAAUGUCCUGUCAAAUCUCAUCUACGGCACCAAGGAGGGCAGGGAGAUGGAGGCGCAGAUCCAAGCCAGCUUCAGUCAGGUGCUGGCUCGCGGCAAAUACGUCCACUCCAUUGUCUUCCACGAGGUGAAGCCCGACAGGGUGGACGAGUACAUGGCGCUCGUUGGCCACUAUUAUCCCAAGAUAGCAAACCUUCCCGAGAACAAGGUGCACCUUGUCGGCAGUUGGCGAGUUGAAAUCGGCGACUGCGACACGUUUGUCCACAUCUGGGAAUACCAAAAGUACGAGGGCUAUCACCAGUCUCGAUACUCCAUCACCCAUCACCCCGAGUUCGCCGACUUUGACAGUGAACUGAAACUGUUGAUCAACUCCAAGCAUAUUUCACUCAUGCAGGAGUUCUCCUUCUGGCCCACGACGCCCCCGCGACAGCUGGGCGGCAUUUUCGAGCUUCGCUCGUAUACCCUGCACCCCGGGAACUUGUUGGAAUGGGAGUUUCACUGGCGGCGCGGCCUCGAGGCUCGACGAGAGGUGAUGGAGGGCGUAGGCGCUUGGUUUGUCCAAAUCGGAGAGCUCAACACGGUCCAUCAUUUGUGGCAGUUUGCCAAUCUGGAGGAGCGCCGAGAGCGCCGCGAGAAGAGCUGGUCGGUCGAGGGAUGGAGUGACACGGUCCAUAAGACGGUACCCCUUAUCCAGAGCAUGAAGUCGCGGAUCUUGGUUCCCAUGCCUUGGUCACCGGUAGCAUGA